ACUCUGCACUGGAUCUGUGCCCCCACGUGGAGUACAAACGCCCAAACCUAAACCGAAGUGGGGAGCGAUGCCCCAUCACUGCAAUCUGCAAUCAUAUGCCUUCCUUUCCUUCAAUUCUUCCGUUCUUGCUCUUCGCUUCACUCUUCUCAGUUUCACUCUCUGACCCUUCCUCCACCCUCCGAAGCUCGCGACUCGCAGUGCCAUAUGGAGACAUGUCGAGGGUUUCCUUAGCUUUCUUUUUUACUCUCUCAAACGGUGCUUAAUCGCUUCCAUUGUAAGGAUGUGGAACUUCGCAUCAAGUUGUAUUGCUGGGAGUGUGAAACUGAAAAAUGAUUCUCUAAAGCCAACUCACUCUGUUUCAGAAUGCUCUGAUGAUGAGACGUCUUCUGUUGUGAGCAGAGAUGAAGGGCUCGAAUGCCCCAUUUGCUGGGAAUCUUUUAAUAUUGUUGAAAAUGUGCCCUAUGUUUUAUGGUGUGGCCACACCCUUUGUAAAAACUGCAUCCUAGGAUUGCAAUGGGCCGUUGUGAAAUUUCCAACUCUGCCCGUUCAACUUCCCCUUUUUAUCUCAUGCCCAUGGUGCAACCUUUUAUCUUUCCGUUUGGUUUACCGGGGAAAUCUCAGAUUUCCUCGCAAGAACUACUUCCUUCUUUGGAUGGUUGAGGGCAUGAAUGGUGAUAGAAUGAAAUCACAUUCAUCUUUCUGUGGGGAUCAUCAAUCACACUGGCCAGUUAAAGACCAUUUAACAGCAGGACAACUAAUCCGUGGGAACCCUCGGAGGGGACAACUUGUUCGCCAUCCAGAUCCAUCACGUUCAAAUCAACAUCAAAAUGAUGCUGGUAGUUUUCUCAGUUUGGAAAGAUUACAUACUUCUCUUCGGAAGUCACUGGUUUUCUUUGUACACUUGACUGCUAAGUUCCCACUGAUCAUUAUAUUUCUUCUUAUCGUCUUGUAUGCAAUACCAGCCAGUGCAGCCAUUUUGGCUCUGUAUAUACUUGUUACAGUUCUGUUUGCUCUCCCAUCAUUCCUCAUCCUGUACUUCGCAUAUCCUAGUCUGGAUUGGCUUGUCAGGGAAAUCAUCACAUGAGAUUGCGAGGUGAUAUAUCUGCAAUCAUUAUGAAUAGAAGUCUGCCUCACCUAAUUGCCGUCUUGAUCCUAGAUCUUCUGCUUUGUAAUUUGCCGACUUUACCUUUAUCAAGCUGCUUUAUUUCUCUCUGCAUACACCAUACAGUCCCACUCAAUUUCAGGUGACUUUCACGGCCUCUUUUUGGAGCUCUGGUGGAGCUUCACCGGGUGUCGUCUUUCCCAUUUUUAGCCUUAGAGGUAUUGAUGUUUAUUCAAGGCCCUGGAGGGAUUGUGGUGAUGAAUGGAUGAUUGGUUGAUUGUACCUUUUCCUGGCUGUAAGUGUUGUGCUUUAUCUUUUGUUUUUUUAAUCAAUAUUUUACUGAAGAACACAUCUGAUAUAGUUUGUGCAGUCUUGAAAAGUUCCUGUGAUGUGUAACCCAUUUGGUACUAUAGUUCUAUUAUUUGAAAUAUAGUUAUAUAGAAUUGAUUGGGGCA